AUGAACCACGAACCAUAUCAUUGGGGUAGACCUUUGGACGAGAUUUAUGGUCCCUAUAAUCAUAGAAUUUCCCAGGCAAACAAUGCCGAGUUUAUAGAUUAUAACCAUCACUCAUUGCACCAGCAGUCUUUCCCCAAAAUGAAUACGCAACAACCCAUUAUUACAGGAACUUCUAUAGUCGCUUCGAAGUUUGCUAAUGGUAUAAUAAUGGCGGCAGAUAAUGUUGGAUCCUAUGGCUCGCUAUUACGUUUCAACAAUUUGGAAAGGUUGAUAAAAAUAGGCUCGGAAACCGUUGUGGGUAUUUCAGGAGACAUUUCCGACUUGCAGUACAUUGAAAGGUUAUUAGAUGAGUUGGAAAUCGAAGAAGAAGUUUAUGACAACGAAGAAGGCGAUUUUCUUAGAGCUCCUAAUGUGCAUGAAUACUUGUCUAGAGUGAUGUAUAAUAGAAGGUCGAGGAUGAAUCCAUUGUGGAAUAGUAUAGUAGUCGGAGGGUUCGAUAAAGACAGAAAACCAUUUUUGAAAUACGUUGAUUUGUUGGGUGUCACGUAUCAUGCAUCAACUAUUGCUACUGGAUUCGGUUCACAUUUAGCUAUACCUUUGUUGAGAAAUGCUAUACCUGAUGACAAGGACUAUGUGAAAGUAAAGGAAGACGAAAUCAAAAAAGUUGUUGAUGACUGUAUGAGAGUAUUAUUUUACAGAGAUGCAAGGUCCGGAGAAUCUUUUUCGCGGGUAGUUAUUAAACUUGAUGAAGAAUCUGGAAAAUUGGACUUUGAUUUUGAAAAGGGUGUUAAAGUGGGAAAUCAAAGCUGGAGAUUUGCAAAGGAUAUUAGAGGCUAUGCAAGUAAACAGCAGUAA